AUGCACCUGCACCGUCCUGCUCGUGGAUUUUCGUUGUUGUCGUUGUGGAUUUUCUGCCAUGUCAGCGGUGUGCACGGAGCUUUGCCAACAACCCAGAAGUGCGAUGAGCCUCUGGCCUCUCCUCUCCCUCACACAGCCUUCACCAGCUCAUCCGUGUUCUCAAAUGGAUACACACCUGGAUACGCCAAGCUCAACAGGAGAGGAGGUGCUGGUGGAUGGUCUCCUCUGGACAGUGACCAUUACCAGUGGCUGCAGGUGGACCUGGGUUCCAGAAUGCAGGUGAGCGCCAUAGCAACACAAGGUCGCUACAGCAGCUCUGAUUGGACGACGCGGUACAGACUCCUCUACAGCGACACAGGAAGGAAUUGGAAGCCUUAUCACCAAGACGGGAACAUUUGGGCCUUCUCUGGAAACUCAAACUCUGAGAGCUCAGUUCGCCAUGAGCUGCAGCAGGGAAUUAUUGCACGCUUCCUGCGGCUCAUCCCGCUGGACUGGAGCGAGGAAGGACGGAUCGGUCUGCGCAUAGAAGUGUACGGCUGCUCAUACUGGGCAGACAUGAUCAAUUUUGAUGGACAGGGUGUCAUCUCAUAUCGGUUUAAGGUGAAGAAGGUGAAGAUCAUCAAAGAUGUGAUAGCGUUGAGGUUUAAGACGUCAGAGAGCGAUGGUGUGAUUCUUCAUAGUGAGGGCCAGCAGGGAGAUUACAUAACCCUGGAGCUUAACAAGGCCAAACUACUGCUGCAGAUUAACCUGGGCAGUAAUCAGUACGGCUCUAUCCUGGGUCAUACCUCUGUGACCACCGGCAGCCUCUUGGACGACAAUCACUGGCACUCAGUGGUGCUGGAACGCUACCGUCGUAACGUCAACUUCACCUUGGAUGGACACACUCAGCACUUCAGGACCAAUGGAGAGUUUGACCACCUGGACUUAGACUAUGAGCUGAGUUUUGGUGGGAUGCCAUACAGCGGGAAGCCAUCAGGAGGAGGCAGGAAGAACUUUAAGGGUUGCAUGGAAAGCAUCAACUACAACGGAGACAACAUCACAGACUUGGCCCGCAGAAGGAAACUUGACACUUCCAGCUUUCGUAACCUGUCCUUCUCCUGCGUGGAGACCCACACCUUCCCGGUCUUUUUUAACGCCACCAGCUUCCUGCAGCUGCCGGGCCAAGCCAAUCACGCCGCGAUAUCUGUCAGCUUCCAGUUUCGUACGUGGAACCCCGAUGGGCUCCUUCUCUUCAGUAAUCUGUAUGAUGGCACACUGGAGAUCUCCCUGGAGGACAGCAAGGUGGUGGUUCACAUCAACGUGACGAAGAGGAACAGUAACAUUCGGGUCGACUUAUCAUCAGGCUCUAACCUUAAUGAUGGACAGUGGCACUCAGUGCGUUUGGUGGCUAAGGAGAACUUUGCCAUGCUGACGAUGGACAAUGAAGAGUCAUCUGCAGUACGCUCAACUUCACCUCUCAGCAUCACCACGGGAGGAACCUAUCACAUGGGAGGGUAUUUCCUCCAGACGCCGUUUCCUCCCUCACAGCGUUCCUUUCAGGGCUGCAUGCAAGCGAUCCUUGUGGACAACCAACCAGCUGAUUUGCUUGCAGUAGAGAAAGGCACCGUGGGAGCUUUUGAGAACGUCAGCCUCGACAUGUGUGCCAUCAUAGACAGAUGUAUGCCUAAUCAUUGUGAACAUGGCGGCCACUGUAAACAGACGUGGGACAGUUUCAGCUGUACCUGUGAUGGGACAGGAUACACGGGCGCCACCUGUCACACAUCUAUCUAUGAACCAUCCUGUGAAGCCUACAAGCACAUGGGGAGGUCAUCUGACACCUUCUGGAUCGACCCUGAUGGCAGCGGACCCCUCGGCCCCUUUAAAGUCAGCUGCAACAUGACAGAGGACAAAGUGUGGACAACAGUGAUGAACAACCUGCCCCCUCAGACCACAGUGACUGGCUCCAGUAGAGAGAGACGGACCGUCCUGCGUGUGAACUACAGCGCGUCCAUGGAUCAGAUGACAGCCAUCACUGACAGUGCAGAAAGCUGCGAGCAGCAAAUCGCCUACAGCUGUCGCAUGUCCAGAUUACUCAACACUCCAGAUGGGACUCCCUAUACGUGGUGGGUGGGCCGUGGCAGUGAGAAACACUUCUACUGGGGGGGCUCGUCACCCGGCAUCCAGAAAUGUGCCUGUGGCAUCGACAGGAACUGCACUGACCCAAAGUACGACUGCAACUGUGACGCCGACCACAAACAGUGGAGAGAUGAUUCUGGUCUCCUGAUUAAUAAAGAACACCUGCCUGUCAGCCAGGUUGCAGUGGGUGACACUAACAGACCAGGCUCUGAGGCCAAACUGACCGUUGGACCACUCCGUUGCCAUGGUGACAAUAACUACUGGAAUGCUGCCUCAUUCACCACCCCCUCAUCCUACCUGCACUUUGCCACCUUCCAGGGUGAAACCAGCGCCGACAUCUCCUUCUAUUUCAAGACCAGCGCCCCCUACGGAGUCUUCCUGGAGAACCUGGGCAACACUGACUUCAUCCGCUUGGAGCUCAAAUCUCCAAAUGUCGUCUCCUUCUCCUUUGAUGUUGGAAAUGGACCCGUAGAGCUGACCGUCCACUCACCCACACCGGUCAGUGACGACCAGUGGCAUCAUGUGAUGGCCGAGCGAAACGUCAAAGAGGCGGUCCUUCAGCUCGAUCAAACAUACCGUGCGUCUCAGCUCGCUCCUGCACAGGGACACACACGGCUAGAGCUGUUCAGCCAGCUCUAUGUGGGUGCUGCAGGGGGGCAGAGGGGCUUCCUGGGAUGUAUCCGAGCCCUUCGGGUGAACGGCAUCACCUUGGACCUGGAGGAGAGAGCCGAGGUGACUCCUGGAGUCAAACCUGGCUGUCAAGGUCACUGUACCAGCUUUGGGAUCUACUGCAGGAACGGAGGGAAGUGUGUAGAGAAAUACAACGGAUACUUGUGUGACUGCACGAACACGGCGUACGACGGGCCGUUCUGCACCAGAGAUGUUGGAGGUUUCUUUGAAUCAGGGACGUUGGUCAAGUACAACUUUAUGCCUGAAGCAGUUGCAGGAGCCAGCAGGGUUCCAAAGACCCUGACACACCAGCUUACACCACAGGAGGUGAAUCUAACAAAAGAGGAAGUGGCCUUCAGUUUCAGCACUUCUUAUGCUCCAGCUAUUCUAAUGUACAUCAGCUCCAAGACUCAGGACUACCUGGCUGUGGUUUUACGGCACGAUGGUUCACUGCAGGUUCGAUAUAACCUUGGAGGUCUGAGGGAACCGUUUUCUAUAGAUGUGGACCAGCGUAACCUGGCUAAUGGACAACUUCAUAACAUCAGCAUGUCGCGUGUUAACAGAAGCAUCACUGUCCAGCUGGAUCAUUACCCUCCUGUCAGCUACACCCUCCCAGACACCUCAGACACACAGUUCAACCUGGUCAAGACUUUGUUCCUGGGUAAAGUGUUUGAAACCGGACACAUAGACCCAGUCCUCAUCGAGCAAUACAACUCCCCGGGCUUCAUUGGAUGUCUGUCAAGGGUGCAGUUCAAUGGAGUUGCCCCCCUCAAGUCUGCACUAAGAACUCCCAAACAGGCUCAGGUCACGUCCACAUCCACAGCUGGUGAGCCGGACAGACCACCUGCAGCUACCUCAGCGGUGUCAUACCAGGGUAAACUAGUUGAGUCCAACUGUGGGGCGUCCCCUCUAACCAUUCCACCCAUGUCUGCUGCAACAGAUCCCUGGCAUAUGGACAACACAGACGCAGAGUUCCCUUUCAACGAGGAGAAAGUGAUUCCUGCUGGAGUCAACAGAGACUCAGCCAUCAUUGGAGGUAUCAUCGCUGUGGUCAUCUUUACCAUCUUAUGCACGUUGGCGUUCCUGAUCCGCUACAUGUUCCGUCAUAAAGGCUCCUACCACACCCACGAAUCCAAGAGCAGCAGGGAGUCUGCAGGAGAGUCGGCGGACACAGCCAUCAUCGACACGGACAACCCAGAAACCAUCGACGAAUCAAAGAAGGAGUGGUUCAUCUAG